ACGCGACCGAUUUGGUACCUCAGUUCAGUUGUUCGAGAAACUUUGCACGAAACAAAAGCGAAAAUCGCACGCGGCAGAAACAGCGAGCGGAAUACACAGAAAAACAAACAUGACCCUUUUCCCGACGCGGCUAAGAGGCAGCCUGUUGGUGGUGGUGCUUCUUAUAUUGGCCCUAACCACUGAGGAUGUGCAUGCCAAGUGGAAGUCCAGUGGCAGCAGAAGUCGCUCUAGUUCCAGUUCCAGUUCCAACAGAAGGACCUCUUCGCACUCCUACUCCUCCCACCCGGCUCCUUCGCACACCUUCUCAUCCCACCCGGCUCCCGCUCCCCACGCGGAUAAUGUGAAGCUGAGCUACGGAGGUGGAUCCCAUUCGCAGCCGAGCAGGGUGAGCAGCUCCCAGACGCACAGUGCUGCCCCUUCAGCCCCAGCCUCGCCCAUCGGCUGGAAUGUCCCUGCGAAGCCCCAAGGGCCUCCGCCGGCUUACUCCGCCGCGAAUCCCGCGGGCGGAGCUCACACCAACAUUCACGAGCGUCCGCCGGCCUACAAUCCAUCUUACAAGCCAGCACCACCCAGCUACUCGGCGGCCACCCAGACGCACAGCAACCCGAAUCUGCAGAGCCCAUCGCGUCCAGCAGGAAUUGCCAGUCCCGGUUCCAGUUCAAGUGGAUCCCACUACUACGGCGGAGCGCACUCCAGUACUGGAUACAGGGGCCGAAGUAACUCCACGGGCGGAUAUGGCUCCUCCGGUGGAUACCAGCCCAUCACGGCCACCAAUGCCCACAACGUGCAGUCGAGCUAUCCCCGCCAGCAAUUGCCAGCGGGAGCCACCUACCACCCAGCGGGACAAAUUCCAGCAGGAGCCACUUAUCAUCCGGCGGGUCACUUGCCGGCUGGAGCCUCGUACCACCCAGCGGGUCAGGUGCCCCAUGGAGCGACUUACUACCCAACUGGCCAGAUUCCGGCAGGUGCCACUUACCAUCCCUCCGGCGGUUAUCCGGCUGGAGCCUCUUAUCACCCAGCCGGACAAGUGCCCCACGGAGCCACCUACUAUCCACAAGGACCGCCCGUCGCCGCAGGUCUCCCACCAGGCGCCACCUUCCUGCCCGCCGGAGGAGCUCUGCCCGCAGGAGCCGUUUACUAUCCACAGGCACCGCAAAAGUCCUCCUCAGGCUUGGGAUUGGGCACUGGUCUUAUUGCCGGAGCUUUGGGUGGUGCUAUCCUGGGUCAUGCCCUCACUCCCACCCAUACCCGUGUGGUGGACCACUCCUAUUCCGGCGGUGGUGGAGGUGGAGGAGUCAGCCAGGGUGGCGACGACAAGAUCAUUAUUAUCAACAAUGGACCACCGGGAUCUGUGACCACCAGUGAUGUGGGAUCCGGCACUACGGUAAUAAAUACUGGAGGAACCCAAGCCGCUGGCUAUCCUUCGCCGCCAGUGGCACCUGUAUACGCAGCUCCUCCUGCUUCAGUCUCCCAGGCUCUUCCUGUUCCACCCGCUCCUCCAGCUUCAGGCGGUGUCCCCUUGGCGCCAUUAAGUCCUUUGCCGCCAACACCCGCUGAUCCAUCGGCUCCUGCUCCUGCCUCUGGAACUCCCGUAGCUCCUGGGACUCCCGUUGCCCCUGGAGCUCCAGUUGCCCCGAAUUCGGCGGACCCCAACGCACCAGUUCCACCUGUACCCGGCGCACCCGCUGAUCCGAAUGCACCACCUGCGGGUAACAUCAUUUGUGUACCCGUUAAAGUGCCUGGACCGGAUCCCAACGAUCCCACCAAGACGAUAGAGCUGGACCAGAUUGCCUGCUAUCCGGCACCACCACCGGAAACUGCUCCUCCAGCCAAUGGAACCGCACCGGCCGUUGAAGGACCUGUUCCCGGUCCCGUUUCCGCGCCCGGAGCCGUUCAACUGGCUCCCAUCGAGGCCACAACACCUGUCACCAUUCCCGAGGGAUCUGUGCCGUUGGCUCCCAUUAUCCCCGGAGGUCAGCCGGAUAUCAUGAAGAUGCCUGGUCUGACACAGGCUCGACUGUCGGCGGAAUCUGGUCUCAGGGAUGCUCAUAGUAUGGCGCAGCGAACCUUUGGUCACUUUAGCCUCAUCUCGACGGUGGUUACCCUGAUUGUGGCCUACUGUAUCCACUAAGUACCCAUCUGCACACAACCCUUCUCAUUCUCUGGAACGAAGUCUCAUUGGCGAAAGGAGAGCUUUAUCUAAUUUAUUGCCAUUCUGGCGACGCGAGAUUCAAAUUGAUUUAUAUAGACGGUUCUCUUUAUAUAUUUUGUAAAAAACAAUCGAAUUUUUGAAAUAUACUCCUAGUUCUGUUAGACUUCAACGUAAGCAGCUAAUAAAUGUACCAAACGACUAAAAGCAGU